UUACAAGAGAAUGAAUAUAAUCCCACUCUGCUGUUUGUAGUUUCAUAUUUCUAAAUGAAUUGUUUUGCGUACUCCAUACUACUGAUCAUUUACAAACAACUGAUUUCUAUCCUGUCAAUUGUUUUAAAUAGUUAUGCAUAUUUUUAGGUUGUUCAAAUUCAAAAUAAAUAGGUGCAGCAAGUUCCCAGAAUCCAGUGAGGAAUGCAUUCACGCUGAGUUAACAGUAGUGCAGUAUCUGUGAACAACUCCAGAGGGAAGUCAUGUGUUGUCUUUAGAAAAUCUUUGCACUGAGCAAGAUGUCCAACAUAUACACUCUGAGAGAACUUUUCGGUGGCCAGUGGUCAUCUGAUGUACGACUUGAUGGCAAAACAGUCAUUAUCACUGGAGCAAAUACUGGCAUUGGAAAAGAAACCACAAGAGACCUGGCAAAACGCGGGGCCAGGAUAAUAAUGGCUUGCAGAGACAUUGAAAAAGCAGAAAGAGCACAGAAAGAGAUAAUGGAGCAAUCAGGAAACCACAACAUAGUGAUCAGAAAACUAGACUUGUCUGACACCAAGUCAAUAAGAGAAUUUGCUGAGGUUAUCAACAAUGAGGAGAGAGCACUUCACAUACUCAUUAACAAUGCUGGGAUCAUGAUGUGUCCCUACUCUAAAACAGCAGAUGGUUUUGAGAUGCAGUUUGGUGUCAACCACUUAGGUCACUUCCUGUUAACCUUCCUGCUGAUUGAUCUGCUGAAGAGAUCCGCCCCCUCAAGAAUCAUCACCAUUUCCUCCAUGGCUCAUAGUUGGGGCACUAUAACACUUGAUGAUAUCAACAGUGAGAGGAAUUACCACAGUAGGAGGGCAUAUGGUCAGAGUAAAUUGGCUAACAUCCUUUUCACUCGUUCUUUGGCCAAAAAACUCAAGGACACAGGAGUCACAGCAUAUGCAGUCCAUCCAGGAAUUGUGCGAACAGAACUUAAAAGACAUAUGAAUCUCGGACUUCUAAUAAUGUGGAAAGUCGUCAGACCUUUCACAAAGACCCCAGUGCAGGGAGCACAAACUACCAUCUACUGCGCAGUACAACCAGAAUUAGACACAGAGAGUGGCGGUUACUACAGCAACUGCAGACCUUCAAGAUGCACCAGAGCUGCUAGAGAUGAUGAAAUGGCUGAGAAACUUUGGGAGCUCAGCUGCAAGAUGCUGGGAAUACUCUGGGAUUGAGCGGAACGACUGGAAUUUUCUUUGUUUCCCAUGA